AUGACUUGCGGAUCUGGAUUCUGCGGCCGCACCUUCAGCUGCGCCUCGGCCUGCGGGCCCCGGCCCGGCCGCUGCUGCAUCACCGCCGCCCCCUACCGCGGCGUCUCCUGCUACCGCGGCCUCACCGGCGGCUUCGGAAGCCACAGCGUCUGCGGCGGCUUCCGCGCCGGCUCCUGCGGCCGCACCUUCGGCUACCGCUCCGGCGGCGUGUGCGGCCCCAGCCCGCCCUGCAUCACCAGCGUGUCGGUCAACGAGAGCCUCCUCACGCCCCUCAACCUGGAGAUCGACCCCAAUGCGCAGUGUGUGAAGCACGAGGAGAAGGAGCAGAUCAAGUGUCUCAACAGCAGGUUCGCUGCCUUCAUCGACAAGGUGCGCUUCCUGGAGCAGCAGAACAAGCUUCUGGAGACCAAGUGGCAGUUCUACCAGAACCGCAAGUGCUGCGAGAGCAACCUGGAGCCCCUGUUCGAGGGCUACAUCGAGACGCUGAGGCGGGAGGCCGAGUGCGUGGAGGCCGACAGCGGGAGGCUGGCCUCGGAGCUCAACCACGUGCAGGAGGUGCUGGAGGGCUACAAGAAGAAGUAUGAGGAGGAAGUCUCUCUGAGAGCAACAGCUGAGAAUGAAUUUGUGGCUCUGAAGAAGGAUGUGGACUGUGCCUACCUCCGCAAGUCAGAUCUGGAGGCCAACGCGGAAGCCCUGAUCGAGGAGAUCAACUUCCUGCGGCGCCUGUAUGAGGAGGAGAUCCGCGUUCUCCAUGCCCACAUCUCAGACACCUCGGUCAUCGUCAAGAUGGACAACAGCCGGGACCUGAACAUGGACUGCAUUGUGGCCGAGAUCAAGGCUCAGUACGACGACAUCGCCAGCCGCAGCCGGGCUGAGGCUGAGUCCUGGUACCGCAGCAAGUGCGAGGAGAUGAAGGCCACGGUGAUCCGGCACGGGGAGACCCUGCGCCGCACCAAGGAGGAGAUCAACGAGCUGAACCGCAUGAUCCAGAGGCUGACCGCCGAGGUCGAGAAUGCCAAGUGUCAGAACACCAAGCUGGAGACCGCGGUGACCCAGUCUGAGCAGCAGGGCGAGGCGGCCCUGAGCGAUGCCCGCUGCAAGCUGGCCGAGCUGGAGGCCGCCCUGCAGAAGGCCAAGCAGGACAUGGCCUGCCUGGUCAAGGAGUACCAGGAGGUGAUGAACUCCAAGCUGGGCCUGGACAUCGAGAUCGCCACCUACAGGCGGCUGCUGGAGGGCGAGGAGCAGAGACUAUGUGAAGGCGUUGGGGCCGUGAAUGUCUGUGUCAGCAGCUCCCGGGGCGGGGUCGUCUGCGGGGACCUCUGCGUGUCCGGCUCGCGGCCGGUGACCGGCAGCGCGUGCAGCGCCCCCUGCAGCGGGAACCUGGCGGUGAGCACCGGAAUGUGCGCGCCCUGCGGCCCCUGCAACUCCAUCACGUCUUGCGGCCUGGGCACCGGAGGUGUGGGCUCCUGCGGCAUCAGCUCCUGUGGCGUGGGGUCCUGCGCCAGCAGCUGCCGCAAAUGUUAG